CCAAAAAUCAAUCCCAAAUCUCAAUCUCAACCCCCGAAAGUAAACAAACUCUCCGUCGUCCUCCUCCCCGGUAACGCCGCCUCCCGGGUCCAACAUCACCUCCGUCCUCCGUCUCGACACCGAUAUCGAUAUCCGAUACCACCGAUCGACAUCGCCAAUUGAUACCCCGAGAUCUAUCACGAUGGCUCCCGACGCCAAACCUGCCAAAGCCAGCAAGGCUAGCAAGGCCGACAAGUCAGAGAAGGAGGACAAGUCCAAGGUGCACAAGCUCGCCCUCAAGGGAAGCGCAAAGCUCGUGGCAGAAUUCUUCCAAUACUCGAUACACACCAUCCUCUUCCAACGAGGUGUCUACCCGGCAGAAGACUUCUCAGCCGUCAAGAAAUACGGUCUCAACAUGCUAGUCUCCUCCGACGACCAAGUCCGAGCCUACAUCAAAAAGAUCAUGUCCCAACUAGACCGCUGGAUGCUCCGCGGCAAAAUCUCCAAGCUCGUCAUCGUAAUCACAGACAAGGACACGGGCGAACACGUAGAACGCUGGCAAUUCGACGUCGAAAUCUUUGGCCGCCCCUCCAAAUCCAAAUCCUCAAAGACGUCUUCUUCUUCUUCCUCCUCCAAGACCUCCUCAAAACCAACAGACCAAGAAAACGCAUCCCCCGCCUCCGCGGAAGACGCAACCCCCGAAAAGACAGAACAAGAAAUCCAAUCUGAAAUCGCAGCCAUCUUCCGCCAAAUCACCGCUUCCGUCACGUUCCUCCCCCAGCUUAACGGGGACUGCACGUUCAACGUCCUCGUCUACGCGGAUGCGGACUCCGAGGUGCCCGUCGAGUGGGGCGACAGCGACGCCAAGGAGAUUGUCAAUGGCGAGCGCGUUCAGCUGCGUGGGUUUAGCACCAGCAACCACCGCGUUGAUACCCUCGUCAGCUACCGCUUAGCGGAGUAGGAUUUGGGGGUUGUUGUUGUUGUUGUUGUUGUUGUUGUUGUUGUUGUUGUUGUUGUUGUUGUUGUUGUUGUUGUUGUUGUUGUUGU